UCUACAGGAAAUGUGUUCUCCCUGGGCCACCUGGUGGCCAGGUCCUGCCUCUGGCCUCCCUUACCUGGGCUGUCCCCACCCAGGGAUCCCGGGAGACGGAAAAGCCUCUUGCCCAGGGCCAUGGAAGAAGGCCUCGGCUGGGAACCCGAAGCCUGGGAGCCCCCGGGCAGGGGGCUGGCCCCCCGGGAGGCCAGAGCAGGCCAGUCGCUGGCCUCCGUGCUGAGCGAGCUCCCCAGCGCUGCUACCCUUCGGUACCGUGGCCCUGGGGUGCUGCCCUGGGGGUCACUGGAGGAGGAAGAUGAAGGAGGAAGGAGCGUCCAGGGCCUCACAGGUGCCGCCCAAAUGGAGCUACAGGACCCUCGCCAUUCCCGGGAACUGCCCUGGCCCAUGCAGGCGAGACGGGUGCACAGGAAAAACCAGGCCAGGGAGCAAAGUGCCUGCAGCACCGGAUCCAGGGUUGGCCACUGGGCCCCGCUGCUUGCCAGGGGCAAGGACCAGACGAAGGAAGGCCUCCGCAGCCUGCAGCCCUGGGCGUGGACUGUGAACAGGAUAGGGGGCCAGUUUGGCGCCGGCACGGAGUCCUACUUCUCCCUGCUGCGCUUCCUGCUGCUUCUGAACGCACUGGCGUCAGUGCUGGUGGCCUGCAUGGUGCUGCUGCCCACCUGGCUGGAAGGCGCUCCCCUGGGGCCUCCUGCCCCCAGUGCCUCGUCACCCUGCGGUUCCUACAGCCCCCACAGCCCGGGCCUGGCCACCUUCCCCUCCCAGCUCUUCAACUUGCUCUCGGGACAGGGCUACCUGGAAUGGUCACCUCUCUUCUAUGGGUUCUACCCGGCCCGCAGGCACCUGGCAGUCACCUACCUGUGCUCCGUCUUUGCCAGUGGCCUCAUCUGCCUCCUGCUCAUUCUGCGGCGCUCCGUGUCAGGACUGAAGCAGACACUGCUGGCCGAGUCGGGGGCUCUGACCAGCUACAGCCACCGGGUAUUCUCGGCCUGGAACUUCGGCCUCUGCGGGGCCGAGCACGUGAGGCUGCGCCAGCGCAGGAUCCUAUACGAGCUGCAGGUGGAGCUGGAGGAAGCGGGGAUCCGGCGCAGGGCCGCGGUGCGGACGCUGGGCCAGCAGGCCAGGGUGUGGCUGGUGCGGGUGCUGCUCAACCUGCUGGUGCUGGCGCUGCUGUGCGCGGCCUUCUACGGCGUCUACUGGGCCACGGGGGAAGCCGGGCAGCUGCAGGAGGCGCCCCUGGUCAAGCAGACGCCGCUGCUGCAGCUCGCGGUGAGCUACCUCCCGUCCAUCUUCAUCUCCGCGGUCAACGUCGUGCUGCCGCCCCUGUUCCAGCUCAUCGGCUCGCUGGAGGGCUACACUCGGAGCCACCAGAUCGUCUUCAUCUUACUCAGGACCGUGUUUCUGCGCCUCGCCUCCCUGCUGUUCCUGCUCUUCUCCCUCUGGUCUCAGAUCACCUGCGGGGGCGACGCCCAGGCCGAGCAGUGCCAAAGCUGUGGCUACAACCACAGAAAGUUCCCGUGCUGGGAGACUCGGGUAGGCCAGGAGAUGUACAAACUCCUGCUCUUCGACCUGCUGAGCAGCCUGGCCUUGGCGCUCCUCCUCCAGUUUCCCCGCAGGAUACUCUGUGGGCUCUGUCCCGGGGCGCUGGGGCGCUGGGCCGCGGCACUGGAAUUCAAGGUCGCCGACGAGGUGCUGGGGCUCAUCUACGCGCAGACGGUGGUAUGGGUGGGGAGCUUUUUCUGCCCUUUACUGCCCCUGCUCAACACGGCCAAGUUCCUGCUGCUUUUCUAUUUGAAGAAGCUCACUCUGUUUUCCACCUGCUCCCCGGCGGCCCGCACCUUCCGGGCCUCCAUGGCGAGCUGCUGCUUCCCCCUGGUCCUCCUCCUGGGGCUGGCCCUCUCCGCCGUCCCCGCGCUCUCCAGCAUCUUCCUAAUCCCGCCUUCCAAGCUGUGCGGCCCGUUCCGGGGGAAAGUCUCCAUCUGGGCCCAGAUCCCUGAGUCCAUCGAGACCCUGCCUCACACCGCCCAGAACUUCCUCUUCUUCCUGGGCUCCCAGGCUUUUGCAGUGCCGCUUCUGUUGAUCUCCAGCAUCCUGAUGGCGUAUACUGUGGCCCUGGCCAAUUCCCAGGGACACCUCAUCUCCCAGCUCAAACGCCAGAUAGAGACGGAGGCGCGGAACAAAGUCUUCCUGGCGCGCGCCGUGGCGCUGGGCUCGGAGAGCGGGGCUCUGUGAGCAGCCCAGCUCGGGAUGACGGCCCGCUCUCGGCCUCACGUCUGCCCCCAGACCCUGGCAACCUUCCAGAAAAUGACGACGCCCUUCCAGCCUGGGAUCCAGAGACUUCCGGGACCCCCGCCCCCAAGUCCCUCUCCGUUGGUACUCAGAUCAAUAAACACAACCAAAACUGCA